UUCUUCAAGUAUAGUGAGAUUACUCUGUGCCAAUUUCUAACCUAAAUUUUUCUUUAUUUAAGAAACAUGGCGAGCCCCGGAUUCUCCGCUUUCUCUCAGGGCGGUCAAUAUUUUGCGUUGUGCGGUAAUGAUGGCAAAUUGAAGAUUUGGGAUACCGCGACCGGUCGAUUGAAACAGGAAUACACACCCAACCGGCACUUGUCGUCACCUUGCAGCGUUAUACAAUGGAUAUCCAUGUGCGCGCAAUCGGCGAGCAAUGCUUCGCAUUUGCUGAGAAAGAAACGCAGAAGAAAAUCAGUCUCAGAGGAAAACAAUCACAAACAUGUAGUUGUGAUGGGUUCAAUAAAUGGAAAAAUCACACUAUAUGAUGUAGCAACUGCAUCUGUUGGUGCUACAUUAGAGAAUGGUCACACAUGUACCAUUACUGCUAUGGCUUGGUCUGCAUCCAGUGGAUUGGUUACAGCAGCUGAUGAUCAUCACAUAAUAGAGUGGAAUCUUCAAGAGAACGGAAUCAAAUGUAAAUGGAAAUCAGGCAAAGCAAAAGUUACAGCCUUGGCAAUUGUAGAAAAUGGAAAUUCCUUAUUAUCUGCAGAAAAAUUAAUCAAAUGGUGGGAUUUAGAGAGUAAACAAGUAAUUCGCACAUUUACCGGCCAUGCCAAUCAAGUCACUUUUCUUCAAUCUGUAAAAAUAAAUGACACAACUAAUUAUCUAAUCAGUGGUGCUAGUGCAGAUAGUUAUCUUUCUGUUUGGGCAUUAGACAAGAGUAAAAAUGAUAAGGUAGCAAUAACAACAUUAGCUAUGCAAGACGAGGCAACAUCAGUUUCAACAGUUGCUAUGGAAGAAUCACAAAUUGUUGUACUGACUACUAUUCGCUCGGGGCAAGCACACUUCUUCAAAUAUAUACCAAAUGGCCAUUCAAAACCAUUAAAACCAUCUUUAACCGUUGCUAUUGCAGCAGAUACUAAUCAGAAGGAGACAGUUCAACAAAUUCCUAUUUUAUCAGGUCAUGUAACUGAGGAUGAAAAGUUAUGGUUGGCAUAUGGUAGUUACUUGAACUUGACAAUUGAAAAAGUUGUGCCCGAUUUUUCUGAUAAGAUACAAUGUUUAAUCAGAUCAGAGAAAUUAGAUGGAAAAAAAUUGAAAGAAAGAAAAGAAGAAACGGUUGCUAAAAUGAAAUCUACAGCUAUAGAAGGAGAUGUCGAAUAUCUCGCUCCAGGAAUGGGAGUUUCACCAGCGUCAAAAAGAAAUAGAACGGGUUCUCAAUUGCUUUUAAAAGAUAGAUUAGAAAAUCUUGGUUUGAACGCGGACGCAAGUACGCCAGGAAAAUCACCAUCAAAAGGAGCAAAUAUGGCUCAGCUGUUGAUGCAAGCGUUGAACAGCAAAGAUAAAAAUAUUUUACAAAUUGUGUUGUUUACAAAAAAUGAAACUGUAAUUCGCAACACCAUCGCAAAAUUACCAGUACAAGCAAUAACGCCUUUACUCAAAGAAUUAACCAUUAUGUUGCAAGGCAAAACAUACGCGAGUAAAAUAGCGACGAUGUGGUUGCAAUCUUUAAUUAUGACUCAUGCGGCUCACUUGAUGUCACGACCAGAUAUCGCAGAGAUACUUAGUCCUAUUCUAAGUUUUAUUGAUGCGAAAUUGAUGCUUCUGACAGCUGUACAAAGAUUAAAAGGCCGAAUCUCUCUCAUAACUGGUCAAAUAUCUCAAGCCAAUCAGGAAAAUAAGGAUAUAACUAAAGAGAGUUUAUACGUUUAUCAAGAUCCAGAUUCGUCGGACGAUGGUGCUGAUAAAAAUGAAGACGAUUUAAGUAGUGAGUCGGAUGACAAUUGGGAAGAAAUGUCGGAUCAAGAUGAGCAAGAUGAUGAAGAUAUCAAAAGUAUCGCGUCCGAAAAAUCCGAAGACGCUAACGAUACCGAUGAUAAUGACUCUAUACACAGUUAAUUCAAUCAAGUUAGUUUUUUUAACUAAUUUGAUUGAUACGUGUAAUAAAAAGAUGUUAUAUAAAUUCAUAUUUUUUUCUUCUCAAGACCUUUACGCUCAUUCACAUGAAAUGAAGAAAAAUCACAAACGCGUUUUACUCAAAUAGCCAUAACUUCUCUUGUUUGUAACAAGAUUUAUUUUUAUGUUCAUUCAAUUUUCCAAGAGUACUGUAUAUUAAUAUAUAUACUUUUCUAUUGAUAUAAUUGUAAUAAAAAAGUGUUUUGUAUACUGUUCAUAUGUCAGUGCGCCGAGAUCAAUCAUAUGUAUUAAUAGACUAUUUAAAAGUAAUGUGAAAAAUAAUAUGAGAUUACUUCAUUUUUUAUUUUCGUGUACAACAUUUUUAUCAAAAUAUAUGUAAAAUUCGCAAAACCUUAAUUAAAACGUAACGAUAAAACGUAACGUUAAUUUUAAAAAAAUUUAGCUGCAUACGCACAAUAUGUUUAAUAGUUUCCGUCGAGAAUGCACAGGUUUUACAUACUUUUUACUAAAUUUUUGAUAAUGAAAUAUAUGAGAAAAGAACUACAAAUCAUUCUCUUAACAUAUUAAAAAAGUAAAUUUACAUGUUAAAUAAACACAUAUAAUAAAAACACUUAGAAAAAUAAGAAAACC